AUGACGCUCUACUACAGUCUUGUCUUCAUUCUCCUUAUGUUCGAAAUCGUGGUCUUUUUGGCCCUCAUCGUGCCGCUCCCACUUUCCGUUAAGCGGAAGCUCUUUACCUUCAUUUCGGAAAGCCCUAUCAUUGCGAAACUGCAGUAUGGAAUGAAGAUCACGUUCAUUUUCAUCCUCAUUCUCUUCAUCGACAGCGUCAAUCGCGUGUACCGUGUGCAGCUCGAACUCGCUUCCUUCUCCAAGGAUACCACCGGUAUUGGCAGAGCCGCCGCCCUAGGUACUGAGCGCAUGGAAGUCCAGGCCCGCAAGUUUUACUCUCAGCGCAACAUGUACCUCUGCGGUUUCACUCUCUUCCUCUCCCUGAUCCUUAACCGUACCUACAUCAUGAUUCUGGAGGUCCUUCGUCUGGAAGAGAAGAUCAAGCAGCUUGAGGCUGACAAGAAGGCCGGCGGGGACGAGGCUCUGAAGAAGGAAAACGAAACCCUGAAGCGGGAUAUUGAGACCCUGAAGAAACAAGCCGAGGGUCUUCAACGCGAGUAUCACCGCCUGGGUGAUGAGGUGUCCCAGGGUGACAGCACGCCGAAGAAGGACCGAUAA